CAACAUUUCCCAAGACGACUGUAUAAUGCCCAGUAGGCCAGUAUGGCGGUAACUUGGCAACUCUUGGCCAUGCCCGCCGCACUCUUUCCUCACUCACUUCACGUAGGACAUCGGCGGCGGCGCAUUGUCUCUCCCAAGCCACGCACCUCUGCAUGACGUCACACCUGCACGGCCUGACGGAGGAGCUCACGAGACGCCAUGAAGAGCACCAUCAACAAGGACCUGCUGCCCCUCAAGAUCCACUAUUUCUUCAAGUAUGGAGGUAUCGCCUUCUUCUCGUUCCUGUCGGUGGUGGCGCGGCAGAAGGGCAUCCCAGAGGUAGCUGUGGGUCUCAUGUGGUCUGUGACGCCGCUUUCCAGCUGUGCUAUUAAUAUCUUCAACUCAGCUCUGGCCGACAAGUUCAAGAUCUACCGCGGCAUGUUUCUGGGAGCCAUGGUGGCCCUCACCGUGUCCUUCCUCUCCUUCUUCCUGCUGCCUGACAUUGCGCCACAAACCACCUUCCCCGACACCAGUGCUUUGUUACCUCUUCAGUGUGCCAACCUCACUACGUCCAGUGUGGCGCUGUGCUCUGAUAGGGCGCCUCUAGACUUUCUUGAAUCGUUUGAAUGUGCCGAGAAUGUUCAGAAGCCAGGGGGGGGAAAGAAAGAGAAGGAUCUACACUGUGCGUUGGAGUGUUACCCUCAGGAGGACGGUGAAGGUGGUGACAGUAUGCUCAACCAGACUUUUUUGUUCAAGGACGUGGGCCUCAGCUUCAACACGUCCGAGAGCGAUCACUACCACAUGUGUAAGGAAAAGUCAUGCACCAUUAUCACCGUCUCACCCGCGCCGCCUUCGUCCUGCACCGGCCAGUACACUGACGUCACUUGCAGGUACUUCUGUGAGGUGCCACCCUUGACCUUGGUGCAGUUGUUAAAGAGGGUGGAGUUUUGGUUGAUGUUCUUCCUACUGCUGACGAUAUACGGCAGCAAUGGCACAACCACUACCAUGGCCGACACCAUUUGCUUUCAGCUGCUCGGCAAGGACGGCCGUCACCUGUACGGGCGGCAGAGGAUGUUCGGCAGCAUCGGGUGGGGCAUCGUGGCCACGACGGGCGGCGCGCUCAUUGACAUCUUUUCUCACGGCAAAGACCACGUGACUUACAUACCCGUGGUGGUGUUGGCCGGCUUCUUUCUGACGUGUAAUUUAGUGGCGUCGGCUCGCGUCCCCUUCAAAGUACAUGACCGAGAGAAGCUAAGGGCCAGAAACGUGGGACGUGCCAUCUGCAGCUUCACCUUUCUGAUCUACCUGCUGACGGUGGUGGUGGGCGGCCUCAACAUGGGCAUGGUGUGGACGUUCGUGUUUAUCCUUGUGGAGGACAUCGCCGGGACGUCCUUCACCCAUAUCAAGUUGCUUCAGGGCAUCAUGAUGGGCGUCGGAAUAUUCCUGGGCGAGGUGCCAUCUCUCUUUCUCUCCGCGGUGGUGAUCAAGAAGCUGGGCAGCGUUGUGACCUUCGCCAUCUCCCUGACCGCCAUGGCGCUGCGAGUGUUCCUGUACUCGGCGGUGCGGCAGCCGUGGUUAUUCGUGCCCAUUGACCUGCUGCACGGCCUCUCCUUUGGUCUCUUCUACCCCAACAUGAUCGCCUUCGCCAGCCACGUGUCCCCUCCUGGCGCCAUGGCCACAGUGCAAGGCAUCGUCAAGACAACCUUCAUUGCGGGCGUGUCGUUGGGGGCGCUGACGGGUGGUCUGCUGAUCUCGUCUGUCGGGGGAUCCAGUGCAUUCUUUUACGUUGGCGUUUUCGAUAUAGUCUUCACAGUGAUCUUCGCCCUCGUCCAGUACCUGAUGUACACCCGCAGAGUGGCAGCCGGGAAAAUGAAAUACCACGUCCCUGGAGAGGCAGAGUUGCAAGAGGCUGUGAUAAUAGCGGAGGAACAGAGGAGUGUCAUUGAUGUCCAAGUGUGUACUCCUGGCCCUGAGCUGCCUGAGCUCGCCGGCCUCUGCCACCCACCCGACGACCACGAAGGGGGCAAGUAACGGGGUAAGCAGCUAGGCACAAAGCGGAGGACAAUAAGAAUGAGGCAGUUCGACAGAGAGGAGUGAGGGCAAGAUGGGGAGGCGGAGGCCAAGUGGUAAGAUCAUGGUAGUCAGUGGUGAACGUGGGGUCCACUUCAAAUCAUCGCCGAGUGACCAAAGAUCACCCACGUGCUCUUCAUCAACCCUACCUUCAUUCCUACUUCGGUCAUUUGGAACACCUGGUGGAAUGGGAAGCAGCAAGACCCAGGCAGCAAGACAACUUGGCUCCAACAUUAAUAUUCUGACUGUCCCAGCAACAAGUUAGGGUUGACCUUCAGUGCCAAUAGAAGAAAUAUCUCCUGUAAAUGUGAUUAGCUGGAGUGGCGAAAAGAGAGGGUGAAAUCAACACAGGGUACAUAUGCAAUGGACUGUGACACAGAUUGAAUCAGGCUGUUGAUUCAGUCUUGUAAUGAGGGUUGAGGUCAGAAAGAGGCAAGAGGCGUUCUAAUUACUUCCAUUACCGUGACUCAGCACACUGUGGAGUGGAUGAACCAGUCAGAUCUAAGCUUCAUUAUCCAGCAAGAGGUUCGACUCCUCCUCUUCAUUCUCUUUGUAACUUUGGUCCAACCCCUUCCCAGCCCUCACCUCGGGAAGCUACCGCUGCGACUUCCUUCCUGGAGGCUCCUGAAGCUUAGGAGCACUCGCUGUGUCGCUGGCUCUGAGUCCUGUCGCAUGGCUGAAGUCGUGGUGGUCCUUAUGGUGGGUGUCCCGAGAAGUGUUUAGAAACCUUCGGGAGCCCCUGUAAUAGGUCUUAUGGACUCAGGAACGGGACCCUUGAUGGUAAAGGAACGGCUCCACUGCUUUUACCAGAUGUAUUAUUAUUAUUAUUGUGUUUUUUUUCUUUUCAUGAAAGGAAGGCACGUGUGUGUGUGUGUGUGUGUGUGUGUGUGUGUGUGUGUGUGUGUCAGAGACCAUGACCGUGAUGGACAAGGACAUGACUGGAGCUUCCAAGGCGGGCCUUCGGGGCUCACACGACGCGGCUGUGAUGACUGUUGGCCUUGGUCGUGAGGUGCAACGCGGCUCUCAGCGUGGAGUCCGGCAGCCGGGGACUGUGCUUUGUAGGGUUAAGAAAUUACUCAGUGUGAUCUGCUAUAGUUAUAUAUUGUACAAAGAUGUAUUUCUGUACUACUACAUAUUUAUAUUCCCAUCUAUGAUCAA